AUGGUGAAUUCUGGUAUCAUAGCAUCAUCCAUAUCACAGGAUGAUUUUGUUCAACGAUUCGGUAGUGAUGGUCUUUCCGAUGAUAUCACUGGUGGUAUCGUCUCAUCCUUUACCGGAGGUGCUAUCAUUGGGUCUUUGAUCCUUACCCAGCUGUCUGAUCUGUACGGUAGACGUGCAGCUAUCUUUGUUGGCUCUAUUCUGGCUAUCCUCGGCGGUGCUUUACAGGGUGGCGCAAGUAAUGCUGCCACUGUCAUCGUCGGACGGGUAAUUGCUGGGCUGGCAAUCGGUCUGCUGUCGGCGACGGUACCCAACUAUUGCUCCGAAGUGGCUCAUCCCAGAAUACGUGCAUUGCUGGCUGGUCUACAACAGUGGCAACUAGGACUUGGGUUUGUCUGUGCUCAAUGGAUGGGGUAUGGCUGCUCACUGGUGAGGGGUCCAUUGAGUUGGAGGCUACCACUCGCUUUCCAAGUCGCACCAGCGUUGAUACUCGCGGCGGGAACCUGGUUUCUCCCAGAAAGUCCGCGAUAUUUGGCGGAACGUGGCAAUGAAGCUGCUGCGCGGGCCACUCUUGAGAAAUUACACUCCGACCAAAAAAUUGUUCAAAGCGAGUAUACCCUCAUACAGCAGAUGCUCGAGGUCGAACGGCAAUCCCGCGUCGGCUGGCUCGACAUGUUUCGAGAACGUUCAUAUCGUAAGAGACUUUUGAUAGCAUGCAGCAUUCAACUCUUCACCCAGACCAGUGGUAUCAACGUUAUCAAUUAUUAUGGCCCACGGAUAUAUGGAGUUCUCGAUUUUUCAACAAGUAGAUCUCUUUUCAUCAUCGGCAUCUAUGGGGCACUCGCCCAGGUGUACAACACAAUUUGCAUUGCUUUGGUCGACCGGGUAGGGCGGAAGAAGCUCCUAAUCCCCUCGAUGAUUGGAAUGGGAGCAGCACUCUGUGUGAAUGCGACUUUGGCCCAUUUCUUCAUCGACGAUGCUUCAGAAUUGGGAGAGCGCAACACAAAUGCUCUAAGAGCAAGUGUCGCGAUGAAUUUCGUGUUCUCGGUGUUUUUCACCAGUGUGGGAUGUCUCAGUUGGAUCAUGUGUGCCGAACUGUUUCCUACAGCUAUCCGAGCGAAAGGAACUGCGUUGUCAACCUUCACCAACUGGGCUUCAAACCUGGUUGUUGCUCAAUGUUCACCAAUUGCGCUUUCGAAAAUGGGAUAUCGAUACUUUUAUAUUUUCAUGGCUUUCAACUGGGUGGCUGCGGCAGUGGUCUAUUUUUACUAUCCAGAGACACAAGGGUACACGUUGGAAAGAGUCAACGAGCUGUUUGAUGACAUCGUUCUGGGUCCAUCCGACUCAUAUCCGGCAAGCGAUGUAACGGAGAAGGGGCAUCCAGGGAAAGAGCCGAUCAGUACUGUUAGUGGAUUGAACUCCCUAAGAAGUACGGAUGCUGUCCGACCCGCGGAAACCUGA